CUCUUACGUCAUCGCAGGGGCGUGGCCUUUGAGGGAUCCCGGAAGUGAGUCGUGUACCGGAAGUUAGCGGCUCCCGGAGAUCCUGUUCCCCUGCUGAUAUGAUGCGGCAGGACAGUAACGAUGAGACCGAGGACAUUUCCCUGUUUGACGCAGAUGAAGAAACUUCAAGGAGCGCUAGACGGAAAAAGAUCAGACACCCCAUUGCCUCGUUCUUCCACCUGUUCUUCCGGGUGAGCGCCAUCAUAGUCUAUCUCCUGUGUGAUCUGGUGUUUGACGGCUUCAUCGCCUGCAUGGUGACCAUCAUUCUGCUGCUGUCAUGUGACUUCUGGGCGGUAAAGAACAUCACUGGGAGGUUACUGGUCGGACUGCGAUGGUGGAACCAAGUAGACGACGACGGGAACAGUCAUUGGGUCUACGAGUCCAGAAAGUCUGGUCCGGGAAAAAAAAUCUCCAACGACGCGGAGUCCCGGAUCUUCUGGAUCGGCCUCAUCUCCUGCCCCAUCAUUUGGGUCGUCUUCGCCUUUAAGACUUUGUUCUCCUUCAAUGUGAGGUGGCUGGCCGUGGUUAUUCUGGGGGUCACCCUUCAAGGUGCCAAUCUCUACGGCUACAUUAAGUGUAAAGUGGGUUCUCCCAAGAACUUGACCAGCAUCGCCACCAGUUACCUGGGCGGCCAGUUCCUCAGACAGACUUUUUCCAGGGAAGCCGCAGCGACAGAGAAAUAAUCCUCACCAGCACCUACGUGGAUUAUAACUUUACCGGGGAGGACGAUGGAGGACUUAUUUGUUUUGGGUUUUUUUGGUUGUUUUUGUAUGUUUAUGUCACCCUACAAGUCUAAUCUCUCAGAACUGCUUUUUACUCUCCCGGUUUAUUGGGUUAUAUUGUGCCCCAGCGGCUGAUCUGGGCCCUAGCAGAGACGUCUGUAUGAUUACUGCUGCUCCGCCGGGGACUGCCAAUCGCCCUGUACGGAUGUGGAGAGCGCCCGUCAUUACGGAGAGGGAGGCGGUGGCUGCAGUGACGUCGUGUACUGUGCUUUUCUAUUAAAGCGAUAUAUAUAUUUCUGACAUACGAUAAAAACUGAUCGGGGCUGGUGUGUGGGUAACGGAUGUAAAUAUCUGUACAUGGAUGUGAAGACGUUUUAUGCAAAUAAAUUAACGACUACUUAUG